GCGUAUACUGCACCCGCACCGCUACACAGCAUGAAAACUUUUCCUCUGCUCGUUAGUCCUUUUGCUUCAUUCUCUCCUCUCUCUCGUAUUCAGGAAAAGCUGUCAGACUGCCUGUAGAGCCGUUAGAACGGAUAUCCUCAUCCACUGCUUGUGUUUAUGCUCAGGAAAAUGAACAUUAUUAGCUGCUAUUGCCAGUUUCUUCAGCGAAGUUCAGACGCUGCGACGUCAGUUGAAGGAGAAAUAAUCCAGCCUGGCGAUUUUCUCCUCGCUACUCAGUAAAGAGUGCCAGUCUGGAGAAAUGAGGGAGCAGAGCUAAAGGCAGCCACUUUUCUGAGCCAGAAUGGAGCUAAAGGUCUGGGUGGAUGGAGUGCAGCGCGUGGUCUGUGGAGUCACAGAGGCCACCACCUGUCAGGAAGUGGUCAUCGCGCUGGCUCAGGCUAUAGGUCGUACUGGGCGCUACACACUGAUUGAAAAAUGGAGAGAUUCAGAGCGACACCUGGCUCCUCAUGAGAGCCCCGUGGCCUCCUUAAACACUUGGGGCCAGUAUGCUGGUGACGUCCAGUUUACUCUGCAACGCACAGGCCCUUCUCUCACCGAGCGCCCUCCAUCUGAGGGUCCCCCUGUUCAUCGGGGCCCCGAGCGUGGCCUUUACCGCCAGAGCCUUCCCAUCAUGGCCAAGCUUAGAGCCCAGGGCGAGCGAUCGCUCCGGCGUCGUGAACCACGCCGUAAAUCCCUCACCUUCACUGGGACUCCACGCAGCCUCAGAGACAUUCUUAAUGGCACCAGGAUUGGAGACAGUGACUCCAAACGCUGUGUGGUUCUGUUGAAUAAUACCCAGCAAGGCCUGGGGACAUCCCCAAGGCUUCCUUCACGCCGCCUGGAAGAGUUGACACGCCUCAUCAGGCUGCAGAGAGAUUCUCUAGCUGUUCUGGAGCACCGGACUGAGGCAUGUGAUGCAGAAUUGCAGGCAUGGAGCGGGAGGAGAACAUGCAGCGAGGACUCAUGGGUAGCCAUGACCGAGGAGAUCAUGUGUCUGGAGCAGCAGCUGUCUAGGAACCAGGUAGAGGUGGAAGAGGAGGAGUUCUGGGCCAGUGAGCUGCAGAUCGAGUGUGAGAGUGAGAGGCAGCUGGAGGAGCGACUGCAGGAGGUUUGCUCUCGGCUUCAAGCCUGCGAGGAUGAGCUGGAACAGAAGAUGACCUGUCUGCACAAUAUAGAGGUAGGACUGAGGUCUCAGCUGCAACAGGAGCAGACGAGGGAGAACCAGCACUGGAGCGAGGGAGAAGUGAAGGCCAGGCUGCAGACAGUUAAGGCUGAACUCAAGGCUCAGGCGCAGCACACAGCACAGCUGGAAAACAGCUGCAGAGCUGUGGAGAGAUCACUGAGCCACUCCAGUAAGAGACUACAGGACAGUCAGUAUGAGUUGGAGCAACUGACCAAAGAGCUGAGGCAGGUGAAUCUGCAACAGUUCAUCCAGCAGACAGGCACUAAGGUGACUGUGCUGCCCGUGGAGCCCAGUGAUGUGGAGACCAGCCCUGCUCCUCAGGACUCAGAUUUUGCAGCCCAGACUGGUUCACUAAAGAGGCCAGGAUCGUCCCAUGCUGUGGGGGUGCUACACAGUCUUAUCACUUCCACUCUAAACCCUGAGGGCAUCUACGUAUAAGGAAAACCACCAACCAUCGCUACACAUCCACAGAAACACUCUAGAACAGGUCCACAUAACAGCACCAGUUUUUUCUAAUUUGUGGAAUGCUGCAUUGUUUUGAAAGGCAAUCAUAGGAAGUGACUUGGCUGAAACAGAAUUGUAGUUACAGAAUAGCUGCAUGAAUAAAGAAGCAUGAAGGUAUACAGUCUAUGUUCUAGUAAAAAUACCUCAACACAAGCUCCAUCUUGCUAAUGCUGUUGUUUGAAGUGCCAGGCUGAUAAACUCCCCGAAGCGAAUAUUCUUUCAUUUUGGAAUUGGCUUCAUAAGCUUGCAGGUGUAUUAGGAAGGAUAAGUUACUUCAGAAAUGUGAAUAUCUAUUUUUUUAAAGCUGUUCUAUUAAUUCAUUAACAAAUUCAUGUGUUCAAAUAAGCAGUGUUUUACAUGCAGCUUUUUUUCUUUCUUUAUUUUACACGUGACAUCAGAACUCAUGCUAUUUUUGCAUUUUGUUUGUACUCCACAUUUAGGUUUUUCAGUUCAGUUUUUGCAAGGUCGAGCCAAAGACGCCUGCUAAUAUGUAUAUUUGGGUUGCCUUCACCCUGUUGCUCCGCUGCAGUUAUAGCAAUACGUCUCUGGCUUUAUAAUUAGCACAUUUUUAUCAUGUUUACUCUUCAGGU